UUCACUUGCAUUGGCUAAACGUCUUCCACGAAGUACAUCCUGCUACUGCCUGGUGCCUAUUUCGAGUUGUUUCCUCUCCUUUGUUGGCUCAUCAACCCCUCGCAUCAGAAAUUGAACCUGCUACUGCUUUUACUAAUUUGCUUUGCUUGGCUUGGCUUAAAUUGGUUUUCAGUGUUCACCUUUUCUUCUUUCUUCUGCCAGAAUAUAUCCAUCAACCUUUUGCAAGAAAGAAUAGACUUGCAGUUGCAAUCGAGCAGAUCUACUGUAUGCUACAUAGUUUCUGAUUUUGUGGGUCUAAUUUUCAUCGCACUGUCUAAUUUCUUCAAUUCUUCUAGACCUGCAGGAAAUAUCCGUCAGCCACACUAUAUCAGGAAGAAUAGGCUAUCAACUGCAAUCAAGAUGAUCUGUUGUGCCCAAUUUGUUUCUGCAUCGAAAUUCCUAAAUACCAUUUUUUAGACCUGCAGGUCAACGGCUACGACUCCAAAGAAUUGAGCUUGCAACUAGAUUUUGCUGUGACUUGUAAUUUGCUUGGUUUAAUUUGGUCAUCAUCAUCAAUUUUUUCGGUUUUAUCUAUUAAACUUGCAGGUAAAACAUUUAACCCCCUUGGAUAUAAUAAUUAGCUGUUUUAUUCAAAUUAUUAUAGGAUAGUUGUUUAAUAAAUUUAUUUUUUUAAACCACUACACAACAAAUAUUUGAUAAAAUUUUUAUUUAAUGAUUUAGAACUAAUAAAUGGUAAUUAGGGCUAAUUCACUGGCGAAAUGCACCAAAUUGCUAGAGAACAAAUAUUCUUUUAUUUUAUCAACAGACUUAUAUAACCACCGAAAUAUAAAUAUAUUUAACCCUUAAUAUGAAAAUAAAAAUAUGUUUCAAAUUGGUCUGCACAAUAAAAAGUGUAGUAUCACCUAUGAAUGCACUAAAAUAUUCUUAUCAGACUCUCUUCUUUAUAUUAUUUUAUUAAUAUAAUUUUAAUAAAUCUCAUAGAAAAAUUCAAGGGGAUGCAAAAAAUUAAAAACCUCUUGAUGUUAAAAAUAUUUAUAAAAAUAUUUAUAUAUUUAAUAAAAGUUGCAUAAUCGAAGAGACAUACGUAGCUUUUAGUUUAGUUCAUUUAUUAUGUGAUUAAUAUUAAAUAUUAUUAUAUUAUGUUUUUUGCGCAUCUAUCAAUUAAAAUAGUAUGACACGAGAACUGUUGGCUCGCGCAGUGGAUGCUCCUGUAAUAGAAGUUCUCAUCAGAGUCUUGAUUUUAGGAUCGAAUCCCCCCUCCCCCUACAAAAGAUCAUCUUUCAGGAAAUGCCCACGUUGGUUAUCAGUGUCCAACUUUACCUAUUUCUUCUGCUAAUCUUGCACUAUUCUCGUUAUCAUGUUAUCAUCUUUUUACUUUCUUGAGUGAUUUGUUAGAUUUCUCAUUUUCAUAUUUUGUGCUUUGACCUGGUAGUUAAUUUAGUAGCUACUUAAUUAAUUGAUACUCUAUUUGAGGUCUCUCUCUCGUUCUUUUGUUGGUCACUUCAAGAACAGUAAUAUAGAAAUUUAUGCCUC